AUGCCUCCAAAGAAAGAGGUCAAAGAGGCUGUGGUUUAUCCGGCAUCGAAGAGAAAAGCCCCACCCUUCAAACCUCAGCGACCCUCGAAGAUCCCUCGAAACCCCUCGACGGACGCGGAAAAGCAACAGGCACGAAGCAAGCCAACAGCACCCAGACGGAAGAAGAAAGUGGUGCCUCAAGUGGACGAAGAAGAGAGCAGCGAUGGCGGGGAAGUGCACAAAGCCAAGGCCGUUGAUCUCAAAAGCGACAGCGACUCGGACGAGGAGCUCGAUGAGAACCCUCUCGCACCCCAACGCCGACCUACCAAGCCACAGGCACAGAUGACGUCCAAACGGAAAGACUCCUCCCGCGAAUCGCCCGUAUCUAUUCCACACGAUCUAUCGACGUCGACGAUUCCCGACGCACCGCCUGCGCUCAGCCAAUCGGACGACAUCAUCGCUAUCCCCCAACCCCUCCUCGUCCGACUCUUACACGAGCGCUUCACCGACAAGAAGACCAAGAUCGACAAGCACGCUGUGCAAGUCCUGCAGAAAUACCUCGAGGUCUUCGUGCGGGAAGCGAUUGCUAGAGCGCAGCUACAGAAGAAGGAGGAUGCCGAGAAGGUGGAUGCAAGGGGCGAGGUGGAUGUGAAUUGGCUGGAGCUGGAAGACCUUGACAAGGUUGCUGCUGGCAUGUUGCUGGAUUUCUAG